CAAACGGAGGUAAACUUAUUAAUCACAUUAACUGGGCGAAUUCGGCAUAUGAGGAGUUCAAAGAGCACCGAGAGCAACUUACAAACAGUGGCAACAGACUGGACUCAACGGUCUCAAAACUCUCUGCUCAGAUGGAGUCCUUAACUAAUCGUUUUGAAAAUAUUGAUGUUUGGAAAACUGAGAUUGAAACUUUGGAACCCUCGAAAAUCAGACAAGAUGCAAAAGAUGCGACACGUGGUGUCGAAGGCUGCUUGAAGAAGGUUGAUACACUGAUGCAGGAUGUUGGAAGUAUUUCCAUCAAUGUCACCUCUGUCAACACCACUGUCUCAGAGCUCGCCCAUAUUGUUACAGCCGUGGUCACAAGGCUUGCUGAAUUAGACGCACGGGAAAGGCGGAUUGCAGAUACGGGAGAUGCCACGCGGAAGAUGGCCGAAGAUGCUGAGAAGGCUGCAGCAGAAAAUGCAAGGUGCGUACAGGAACUUUCAUUUGAAGUGAAAAGCAUCACCACAAAAAUGGCUGGCAUCAAUAGUACAAUGUCAACCAUGUAUCAGGCUAUGAAUGAAAGCACGGCUUUGUUAAUGUCUUGGAAAACUGAGAUCUCUGAGAAGGAAUUGCCCAUGAUUAAACAGAACAUAACAGAUGAUCGUAAAUUGCUGGAGGAGGCGAGACAAAAUGCAAGUGAGAGUUCAGGAUUACUUCAAGGUCAUAUUCUAUGGGCAAUUCACACAUCUCUUGAUUUUAAAAAGCGUAUAAAUGAAAUUCUUAAAAGGGAGGAAGAAUUUAAGGACGAACAUGAUUCUGUGAAGAGAGAAGUGGAAACGUUGAAGAACGUAUCUAAGGUUUUGGGUUUUGAUGUCGCAAAUCUUCAGGAAAAUGUAAGUAGCCUUCAACAUUUAGCUGAGUCUGUUCGGACGCAGGUCUUCAGUAACGUCGACAAGCUUGAAGCAGUGACACAAUCAGUGGGAAAUAUCACAUCAAACAUUACUGCAAUAAAUAUAACCUCUGAAGAUCUUUCUUCACAAUUGAGCGCAACGAAACAAAGUGUUAAGUCAUUAGCGUCUUGGAGAAAUGAGCUUGUGCUUACGGAACUACCGACCCUCAAACAAUACAUAGACGUUGUCCAUCAAGAAGUGGAACAAGUCCAACGGAACACCAGCACAAAUGGAGAUCUUAUAAAAGCUCACAUUGUUUGGGCGAAUUGGACAUAUGUAGAGUUUCAAAAGCACCGCAACGCCACAAACAAGAAAGUGGCAGAGUUUGCAGGGAAGCAUGACACCACUGACAGGAAACUAGACGGGGAGGAACUAGACGGCGCCAUGACCAAGGCAGAGCUGAGUCAGCUGAAAGGCAAAUCAACAUUUCACGCUGAAGUCCGUUCUACGCUUGCUGAGACAAGGACAAACCUUACUGAAACCAACCCGAAGUUUGGAAAGCUGGAGGAUAGGAUUAACAAACUGAAAGAAACCCAAAAUAAUUUGAUGGAGAUCGUCAUACCUGGCAUAGAGUCCAAGGUAGGAGACAUUCGAGGGAAGGCGAUAGAAGCUAAGGAGGCCACGGAGGAGAACGGGGGUCGACUUAAGGAAUACUUUAAGCAGUCGAAUUCGGCUUAUGAGGAGUUCAAAAAGCACCGAGACGCCACAAACAGGAAGGUGGCAGAGUUUGCGGGAAAGCAUGUCGCCGCUGAGAGGAAACUAGACGGGGAGGAACUAGACGGCGCCAUGACCAAGGCAGAGCUGAGUCAGCUGAAAGGCAAAUCAACGCUUCACGCUGAAGUCCGUUCUACGCUUGCUGAGACAAGGACACUUCUUACAGAAACCAACACGAAGUUUGGAAAGCUGGAGGAUAGGAUUAACAAACUGAACGAAACCCAAAAUAAUUUGAUGGAGGUCGUACUACCUGGCAUAGAGUCCAAGAUGGGAGACAUUCGAGGUAAGGCGAUAGAAGCUAAGGAGGCCACGGAGGAGAACGGGGGUCGACUUAAGGAAUACAUUAAGCAGUCGAAUUCAGCUUAUGAGGAGUUUAAGAAGCACCGAGACGCCACAAACAAGAAGGUGGAAGAGUUUGCGGGAAAGCAUGACACCGCUGAGAGGAAACUAGACGGGGAGGAACUAGACGGCGCCAUGACCAAGGCAGAGCUGAGUCAGCUGAAAGGCAAAUCAACGCUUCACGAUAUCGCCCUUUACCUGACUUUGCUAAACAUCAUAGCCGUCGUCAUUGUGGUGAUGUAUGUGAGGCAGACUCUGUCAUCAUCGUCAGCACCAGUGUCAGCACCAGUGUCAGCACCAGCAGCAUUCCAUAACAAUACACAGAGAGGCUUCCGACGUGAGGAGGUGUACGAGCUGUCGUGGGCGGGACCGAUGGAGGGCACGCUGUGUGUGGUGACCUUCCAUACUGAGACGGAGUUGAAACAUGCCGAUCAGACCAGGUCUGUGUUCGAGUCUGUACAGCAACCAUGUCCGACCAUCCACACUCGGGUCAUCCGGUGCCACGCAGACAUAAAAGAACUGCCGGGAUCGCGCGUCUUCCUCGUCUUUGUCGACUUCAAUGAGCGGAACGUCAUCUUGGAGGAUCCGACUAAGGGGCUUGGCGAUCUCAGGGUGACCACUGUGCGGAGUCUCUGGAAGUUUGGGGCCGAUGUGGCGGUGAUCUACUGUGGUGACGGGGGGUCAGCUAAUUUGGGCGGUGGUCUUUUCAAUCAGGACCUUGGCUCCAUACAUCGGCAAAAGGAGUUGACACAGCUCAAGAAAGAUGACAGGAUCCUGAGCAUCUCCAGCGACUUCAACAACACCCAGAAACAACACUGCCGGAACUACAUUAACAGAUUGUUACAUAUAGCUCACUGAGCAGGAUCGACAACGUGCAACCAGCAACGUCGCUGUUAUCUUUAGAAGCUGCGCCUGCGUAUUACAACUUCACCAACACCCAAGAAUAACACAAACAUCCCGAACAGUCAUUUACAGAUAUUAUAGUGAUAUUUCAGUUGGGUACGACUUUGCAGAAACGUCACCAUAAGUCUGUGAAAGAUAUCAUAGUGAUAUUUCAGCUGGUUACUUCAGCAACAACAGCAACAUAAUGGCAGGAACUUCACCAACAGCCUGUGACAGAGAUCAUAGUGAUAUUUCAGCUAGUAACUUCUGUUGAUAAUGCAAGUCGCAUAUAGUUUGAAUGAAAACACGGCUGCCUGGUUUACCAAGGUUGUUUGUAUUACCAAGGUUUUUUUGGGAUAUGUUAAGUUUAUGCAAAGGUAUAUGAGUUUCGAUCAUACCAAAGGGAUCAUUCUGUGUAAGUUGGUGCAUAUCAACUGUUGUACUCCUAAAGUUGGAAUUCUUUGGUUGCGAAUCUCCCUCUGGAUUGUUACAAUUGACUUUCCUUCAGGCUCUGUAGACCUGAACAUUUCCGUAUAGCUCAGGUGGUCGUGUUUUUAAAGGGCAACGGGUUUAAUAUGGGUUGUUAUCUCCCUUGAAAAUUACCUCCCUUUGGGAGAUAAUGAGUGUUUGUUUGUUUGUUCAUUGUUUAUCAUCGCACUAAGCUUCGCUAUAUGACAGAGGCCUGUAAAUAGUUCAGUAUGAACCAGACAAUCCAGUGAUUAGCAUCAUGGGCAUCGAUCUACACAAAUGAGAUAUGAUAUUAAAGUGGGGAGGACAUAUGAGACUAAGAAUUUUUAGGGAUUUUCUUCAAAUAUGAUCUGUAGAUGGGCACAUUCAUUUAUAAUAGUUCGAAUAAAUGGUGGUGUUGAUUCCGUCUUGAGCAAUAAAAAUGUAUCUGCAUAUAUUAUCGCGGGGAAGUGUUUAAAAAUUAUUAAAAAUGGACCUGAAGGAGAGUAUUUAAAUGAUACGGAUUCCAUAUAUUGAACUAGACAUGUUACGGAUGAAUGAAUAUUUGGGGACUUCUUUUCUGUCGGGAAGACUAAAAAAAUUGUCAUGAACAUGUCCAGAAAAUAUCCAUGACCCCUUACAUUUUGUUCGGAGUAGGAACUACAAAAAAGCGAGUCAAAAAAAUAAAUCUGAAUACUGAGUAACUGUCCAUCUAUGGUAUGUAACGGUUCCUCUAUGGUAUGUUAGGGACAUAACUGACGACCCAGAGUUAUCACUGAGCUCGCCAUGUUUAGUAUCGUUUAAACGCUGUUAAAUCAGAAAUACACGAGAACCAAAGGCCGGUGGUGACGUAAGAUUCACAUAUAUGCAGUUGCAGUUUUAUUCAUUACUGAACAAAUGAAAUAAGGGAUCAUGGGUAGUUUGGGCAUUUUCAAGACAGCACACAAUUUCAUAAAACAGUCCUCCCCCUGAAUA